UACUACACUCGCAUACCAGGUGCCGACAUUAUUUGAAAUUAAAUCAAUCCUCCUACAGAAAUAUAUAACUGAUCUGAUAGAAGACUAAAGAAUAGUGUUGUGAUAUAUGUCAAAAUAUAGAUUUUAUUUUUUAAUUAUUUUAUAGCAAAUAUAUAACGAAAAAUAUUAAUUAAUUAAAUAUAAGGCCAGGAAUAAAAUAGCGUAGCUGUUAUUUGUUUUUAAAAAGUCCAUAUAAUGCAGACUUUAAAAUAUUAUUUACAUAUUGCAAGUGAAAGUGCCAGGAGAAAUUAAAAAUACUUGAAAUCUCUGUUAUAGACAUAUACAGACUUGUGACGUCAUAAUUUAGUACACAUUAAGCGUUAUACUUCCAUACAAUAACAGAAAGUAUGUUCUAAUCGUUGCUUUUUAUUGUUAAUAUUAUUUAUUUUUAUUGAUAUAAUUAUUUUUUCCCCGAUGUAUUUACGAUAUUGCAUAUGGAUAGUUUUGUAUAAUAAUAUUUACUAUUGAAAAUUAUCUUUUGCAUGUCAAUAACAGCAACCAAACAAAUUCCUGACGCAAUGCUAGUGUCGGACCUACACAAGAACUACAGGUUUUUAAACAAGUCGUUCCCAGCCGUUAAAGGAAUCAGCUUCUCUGUCAAAAAAGGCGAGUGUUUCGGUCUGCUGGGCGUGAACGGCGCGGGCAAAUCCACCACCUUCCAGAUGUUGACCGGCGAGCGAUGUCCCACUAGAGGACAAGUCUACGCCAACGGACACUAUCUCAAAGGAAUCUCAACAAAGUAUUUGAACACUCUCGGCUACUGUCCCCAAUUCUUCGGUCUCGAUGAGUUCCAAACCGGGAUGCAGAACCUCGAACUGACUCUGACGCUCCGCGGAUUGGAUACCGACGCCGUCAAGUCAGAGGCCGCGUCCUGGAUACAAGUUGUUGGUAAGCGAAUACUGUAUCUACUGUCCUAACCGCCUUAGAGUUUGUUUUUAUUAAUCCUUGUAUUAUAUUCUUAAUGAAAUUUCCUAAAAACAAAUCACUUUGUCUCUGGAACUCUGAGAUUGUGAAUCCAAAAUUAUUCAAAAUAUUAUAAUCCUUGUAUCACUUGAGGUUCACGGUACAAUUUUAUGCCCAUUAUUAAAUACUAGAUUUCCGCCCGCGGCAUCGCCCGCAUGAA